UUAACAGUCAUUCGAUGGACAAGUCGGCGUCCGAGACAACGGGCCCAUCGAAGACUGGCACCGUGAAAGCGGCCAAACGACCCUUUCUUGGGCUGCUUUCGAAGCGUUCAUCUCGUGUCGAGCCUCAGCGUUGCUCAGAAAGUGAGGACGAGCUACCGGUAAGCAACGAGGGUGGUGGCUCCACCUUCAGCUUGAUCGGAAAUCAACCUCCACUGCACCAUCAACGAGGCGUCACGGUUAAGUGCACCACCAGUAAUAGCAGCAAUGGUGCCACCACAACAACAACGACGACGACGCGUCAAGACUCAUCCAACCCGAGCGAUACUAAUUCCUAUCAGCUGCUAUCGACGUCAUCUACCACAACCACGACCACUACGUCUUCCACCGGCCCGGAUUCGUCAACGGCAUCGAAAAUACCACUGGCAGCCGGUGGUACAACGCUUCUACGAAAGCGUGACACGGCCGCCACCCGAGCUGCGCAACUCAGCCAGCGAUUGAGUGAAUGCGUCACCGCCAGCAACGGCGGCGGAAAUGGCGGACAGUUGAAUCUCUGCUGUUCGGUCGACGAUGCGACUGUCGUCAAAUUGUCGCCGGCCCGCAAUCGCUACUCUCAUCCGGCGACCGGCAGUGCUGGCAGUGAUUCAUACGACCUGCAGGUUCAGAAACGAAGGCAGCAACAAAAACUUGAGUUAACGGCGAAAAGCUGCACCAGCUACCCGAUCGAAAAAUCAUCCCCUCUGAGGCACCGGAGACCGCUUGAAGUGGGUUUCCCGGGUUCAGGGCCCCUCGAAGACUUGCCUGACAGCGCGCGAGGGAGUACGGCCAUGGACGAGAAUUGUUGCCGUUCGAAGGCAAACGUUUCGCUGGUGCACAAUCGCGUCGUCACGAAACCGAUUGUGUUUCGGGAGUAUCAAAACCACACGCAGCGUGCCAUUAUGUCAAGCAAAUCUCGAUUCCGUGAACGAUUUCUCCCGCCUUUGCAUCGCAGCAACAUGGACGGGUACGAGAAAAUGGAACAGCACUACAGUUCACCGAACAUAGCCGACAAAGAUGGUGAUGGAGAGGCCGAUGGGAACAGCUUACUUCCCGGUAGUUGUAACCGCGAGCAGCGCGAAUCCCGUAAAUCCCUGUCGUUCGACGGAGCUGUUGCAGCGGUUGAUGAUGCUGGUGGGGCAUCGAGAGGCGGACACGUCGGCUCUGCCGAUUCCCUCGCCCGGCAAGCGCUGAUGGCAGCGCACGUGCUAAACCUGAUUCCGGCGGAGAAAGCGCGCCAACGUAAUUUUUUGCAUGGUCGACUAGCUUCGACCUCGUUGCUCGGAGCAACCGAACUGGACAAACUGCUCCCGGACCGGGAGGUGACCAUCUUUAUCGGCACGUGGAAUAUGAACGGUCAGAGUCCGCCGCGGCAGAUGAACGACUUCGUUCUUCCGACCGCACUGGAGCAUGUUCCGGAUGUGAUCGUGUUUGGCACGCAGGAGUCCUGCUCCGAGCGCUUUGAGUGGGAGGUGACGCUUCAGGAAACCCUCGGCCCUUCGCACAUCCUUCUUCACUCGACUAGCCUCGGUACGCUGCACCUCGCCGUGUUCAUACGGCGCGAUCUCAUCUGGUUCUGCUCCGAACCAGAAGACGCUUGCCUCUCCGUUCGGCCUGGGACCGCGUUUCGAACCAAGGGAGCGGUGGCCAUUUCGUUCUGUCUGUUCGGUACUUCCUUCCUGUUUGUCACCUCGCACCUUACCGCUCACCAGCAGAAAGUGAAAGAACGGGUGUCGGACGUCAAGAAGAUCAUCCACGCGCUCGAUCUGCCCCGUAAUCUAACGGUGAAACAUCGUAACCGAGACGUGACGCAAAACUUCGACAGCGUUUACUGGUGUGGCGAUUUAAACUUUCGGUUGAGCGAACCGCGCGACAAGCUGAUGCAGUGGAUCGAAACGACACAGUUUCCGUUGCCAGCCCACCUGCCACACGGAUUCAUGCACACCGAUCAGCUGACCACGGUUCUUGCGGACGGGGCGGCAUUUCGAGGAUUUCGCGAAGCAAAGAUUUCAUUUCCACCGACCUAUAAGUACGAUCCCGGUACGCAACGGUUCGAUUCCUCCAGCAAACAGCGGGCUCCAGCCUACACCGAUCGAAUACUAUACAAGUUUAAACCCCUUCCGGUUACGACAGUACAUCGACGGGCCAGUAAUGUACCGCCAGGCACCAAAAUCUCUCAUCCUCCAUCGCCGGUCAAGUGCUUGGCGUACGAUUCGGUACAGAGCAUAACAUCCUCCGAUCACAAACCUGUGUGGGCCCUGUUCCGCAACACAAUCCGACCCGGUAUCGAUACUGUUCCACUGGCAGCUGGACUGUUCAAUCGCGAGGUGUAUCUGGAGGGUAUGAAACGACGGCUAGACAACUCCGGAGCUGGCGCUUCGGCCGUUUGCAGCAUUCAAUGACGCCGACUGUUUGAUCGUUCGUCGUAAGGUGAGCUAAUUGACGAACUUUUGUGCUGGAGAUGUAAUUGUGAUAAAAGCAGUGGUAGUCCAGCACGAUCGAACCUUACAUUAAUUGAAGGAACUAGAGUUGAAAUAGAAAACCUUGUUCUUAGCCCUAUAAUGCUCAUGAAGGGUUCGGUCUGCGUGCGUGAUGACAACGCGACCGCCCAACAGUAAUGACUGUGAACUUUAUUGUUUCUAAUGAAAGCCUUAUCAUGUUCCUUGGUGAGAUAUAGUGAACAAACAUCGUCAACAAAUCUAGUCCAGCGUGCAAUUGACGUGCGUGCGAGUCAAAUUACUAGUCAUUUAUUAUACACUGAUCGUCCUUAACAAAAACUUACUAACAUCUAUACUGAGCUACGUUAAGCGUACUGCAUUUGAGCAGGUAUUGUGGCCAUGAGAGUAAAAAUCGUGUGACCACAUUGUUCGUAGACUGACCUGUGGUGUUGCAGUCACAUUGAAAAGACGGAAGCUCAUUUCAACCGAAGCUUAAUGGAAAUCUAAAAGACAAGAAACAGCCUUUCUCUUUUAGUAGGUAGUAUACAUUAGGACAACGUGAACAUCAAUGUAUAGCAUGUAGUGUAUACGUUUGUACUUGAGGUAUUUGGAUAGAGAACCAAAGACAUAACCGGUAUUUCGCAGGAUAGUCUCAAUGGCUAGUAAAUUUAGGCGAUGCAAGGCGAUGAAAUAACAGAACCUGUAGACUGUAGCGUACAUAUCCUAUUAACGAAUGACUCUAGAGGCUGUCAAAGUGCUCAUUUUAUUCCUAAUGCUUGCUGAUCGAUCGAUGGAGAAGUAUUCUCAGUCUACUGUUAGCUUAGGUUUUUUAGCAGAGGCUGCAUACAUUACUUAGGAUUGCAAACCAAAGGAUUUGUUUUAUAAAUUAUUAUUUUGUGUUUGUGCUGUUCAAAACCCUUUCCUUUUAACUAUUUGUGUGGCACUUAACGAGUGCAAAAGUCCACUAACCAAAUGGUGUGUUUUUAAAGUUUAAAUUUUAGUAGACGGGUUUUUCGA